CUGUCUAAAUCGUUUUGUCUUUUAUCAGUCUUUGAAGGAGAUGGAAGUCAAAGCAUCGCGACAUCCUGUUCUCAGGCCGCACCAGACGUGACAAAGUCACGUUUUCCACAAGAGAAGUUUCGUGAUGAACUUUCUUACAUUACUGAGUUAAAACGGCGCUACCAGACCAACUGGCUGCUACACUACAUACCACCGGUUCCCUUGUCUCAUUCAACGAAGGCAUCAACAUUGCCUAAAGAUAAUCGACAACGGGUGACUGCUGACGAGGACUAUGUCGAGGCAAUCAGGGAUCUGGACAACUCCAACUCUAUCGCUCAUCGGCCAGACUUAGACGGAAUUACCAGUUUUUACAUAGAGCCGUGGCGAGAAGAUGACACAUUUUCGACAAAUUUGAGUCUGUUAGGAGAACUUAGUACAUCGCAAAAAUUUCAUGAUGAUGAUACAGAAACUAUACUCACCACGAGACAAUUAUAUUCGAAUUCGGCCUCUUCUGAACUAAGAAGUAAACAUUAG